AGCAGUCUGUAUAUAAAGAGUUAACAAUCCAGAGGGCUGAACUUCCUCAUUCUUGCUGCAAAACGAAACAUGAGCUGAUGUUUAGAUAUUCCGGUUCUAAUCUACUCAUGGCUGGACGUGUAGCUUUACAUUCAGUUGACACAGCGGUUUUCCGGGUGUUCCUUAGGUCCACCACAGCCAGUGUGGGGUUUAAGAGAAAUGCAGGUGGAAAUUCAACAGCUUCUGUUCCUCCUGGAAGCCUCAGGACUGAUGCUGACCUCCCUGUGAUCACUCUUCCCACAAUGCUGUACAGGUUGAUCUUUAAAGGGUACUACAAUCAGAUGCAUAAGCUACAGUUAUAUGAAAAGCAGCUUUAUGGUCCCAUGUAUAAAGUACAAACAGGCAAGGAUCAUGCAAUUUCAUUGAAUAGCGUGGAGCUGCUGGAGGAGCUGAUGAGGAAAGAUGAUAAGUUCCCACGCAGAGCAGACAUGAAUAUCUGGACUGAAUACCGAGAUAAGAACAAUCUAGGUUAUGGUCCUUUUACUGAAGAAGGGGAGAGAUGGUAUAAACUCCGUUCUGUGCUGAACAAGCGCAUGCUGCAUCCAAAGGACUCUGUGAAGUAUGAGAAUGUAGUUAAUGAGGUGGUCACCGAUUUUAUCAAACGGAUUUGCCAUCUACGAAAGAUGAGCUCCACUGGAGACCUGGUACCAAACAUAUCCAACGAGCUUUACCGCUUCACUCUAGAAGGAAUCUCCCGGAUACUGUUUGAGACUCGAAUUGGCUGUCUUGAGAAUGAGAUUCCAGCUGAGACUCAAAACUUCAUUGACUCCAUUGCACAGAUGUUUACUUAUACUAUGGUUGUGAAUCUGUUACCAAAGUGGGCUCGCAAUUAUUCGCCAUUGUGGUGGCGCUUCACAAGUGCUUGGGAUGGAAUCUUCAAAUUUGCCUGCAAGCUAAUUGACAGGAAGAUGGAGGAUAUUCAGAUGCGCCUGGAUGCAGGUCAGGAAGUUGCAGGAGAGUAUCUCAGCUACUUGCUUACCAACACUAACAUGAGCAAAAAAGAUGUGUAUGGAAGCGUUGCUGAACUGCUUCUAGCAGGAGUGGACACAACAUCCAACACUAUGAUGUGGGCCUUAUACCAGCUGUCACAAAAUCCAAAGAUACAGGACACACUGUACCAGGAAGUUAACAGCAUCAUCAAGGGGGACAAAAUUCCAACAGCUGAGGACAUAACAAACAUGCCAUACCUCAAGGCUGUUAUCAAGGAAACUCUAAGAAUCUACCCAGUUGUUUCCACGAAUGCACGCCUUCUUUCAGAAAAUGACGUGAUUAUUGGAGGACACUUCUUCCCUAAAAAGACCAACUUUUUACUGAAGCAUUAUGCAAUCAGUCAUGAUGAGACAGUAUUCCCUCAACCAAAAGUCUUCAAACCUGAACGCUGGUUACGAGAUGGGAGGGAAAGGCCUGUUCCGUUCGGAUCCAUUCCAUUUGGAUUUGGAGUGAGAGGUUGUGUUGGUAAACGUAUCGCUGAGCUGGAGAUGCACUUGGCAUUGGCUAGGAUAAUAAAGCGGUUCAAAGUCAAGCUGGAUCCAAAUGUGAGAGAGGUCAACGCUCUCUGCCGUUCUAUGCUUGUGGCAGACAGAACAGUCAAUUUUCAUUUUCUGGAGCGGAAAGAUGUACCCACUUAAAGCUGCUCUAAUCUGUAACUUCCACCAAACUAAUCCACUAAAGACUUUACGCCACAAUACAAACUCUUUCUUCUAAGAAAUACAUGCCUCCUGUCACAUGAUCUUUAAGGAUCUUGAUCACAGUUAUUCUACCAAUCUUUUCAAUCAAUGUUUAUUUAUGAUUUUUUUUAACCACUCUAAACUCAUCUAAUUGGUGUGUGCAUGUAUUAAUAGAAAUGACAAUCACAGAGCAUGUUUUUAAGUGAGCUCCUUUAGUAGGCAAGGACAAUUUUAUUUUAUAUGCUGUCUUAAAAAAAAAAUUAAUUAUGCUUAUUUAGAAAUAGUGUAUACAAUAUUAUGAUUAUUCUAUUAAUAUGAUUUACUACAAAAAGCCAUAAAUAUAAUAUGUACAGUUUGUUGUUGUGUACAAUUAUAGCAUUAAUUGUAAUUUAAUAAAUCAGUUUAUAAAUAAAACUAGAGGAGAGUACUGAACCUGGAAAAAAAAAAAAAAAAAAAAAGAUUAUAAAGGUCAGAUCCCCUUCCCUGGGAAUCAUCUAAUGUGAUUCUUUUUGAUGCAAAUACUUUUAAAUGUUCCAAAUUGUACAUUUUACAAAUUGAACUCAUAUAUGCAUUCUGGUAAUAUGCUUAUUGUUUUUUUACUGAGUGUAUUAGUAUUUAAAUAAAAAUAAAAAUUUU